UAUAAAGAAGUCCAUUAACUCUUCUAACUCCAACCCACCACCACCCCCAAACAAACAAACAAAUGGAAGAAAGAGGGUACCAAGACUUACUUCCGGUGAUGGCGGAGAAGCUAGAUAUAGCCACCUUCAUGGAGGAGCUAUGUGGCGGUUUUCGGUUGCUGGCGGACGAGAAGAUAGGGCUGAUAUCACCGGAAAGUUUGAGAAAGAAUUCAAGGUUUCUGGGAAUGGAAGAUAUGAGCAAGGAAGAUGCAGAAGGUAUGGUGAUGGAAGGAGAUCUUGAUGGAGAUGGGUUCUUGAAUGAAACUGAGUUUUGCAUACUGAUGGUCAGACUUAGCCCAGAAAUGAUGGAACAUGCAGAGAUGUGGCUUGAGAAGGCCAUUGAAGAUGAGAUCAAGAAAGCCCCUGGACGUUCAUCAUCAGAUAAUGAAAACUUAGGUUGAAAUUGUUAGUGUUAUUUAUAUAUUUUAGUUGUAAAAUAAGUAUGCAUGGUAUGUAUUAUUUAUUGUUAAGAGUGGUGUGUAUUUGAUUAAGCAGCUUAAUUUCUUGGAGUUUCAAGAAAGUUACAUCCAA